CUGUUUAAGUAUUGUUUUCAGCCUUCGAAGAAGGUUAUUAAAAAGAAGGUUGCCGCUCCACCAGCACAGCUACGUGCAGCAGCGGUUCAGAAGGAGGUGAAGAACCCUCUCUUCGAAAAACGAACAAGAAACUUCAAUAUUGGUUGCGAUAUUCAACCUAAACGUGAUGUUACUCGAUUCGUAAAGUGGCCAAAGUACAUCCGCCUGCAACGCCAAAGGGCUGUGCUCCAGAGACGUCUGAAGAUCCCUCCACCAGUGAACCAAUUUAGGACGGCGGUAGACAAGCAGACAUCUUCUCAACUAUUCAACCUUCUCAACAAGUAUCGUCCCGAAUCUAAGGACCAGAAGAGGGAGCGUUUGCGCAAGCGUGCUGAAGCUCGUGCUGCUGGCAAAACUGAGGAAAUCACUAAGCGCCCCCCAGUUGUUCGCCACGGUGUCAAUACCAUUACUCGCCUAGUCGAGACGCGCAAGGCGCAGCUUGUUCUGGUAGCUCAUGAUGUUGAUCCUAUCGAGAUCGUGUUGUUCCUGCCAGCCCUGUGUCGUAAGUUCAACGUACCAUAUGCCAUUGUCAAGGGAAAAGCUGCACUAGGAACUGUAGUUAGAAGAAAGACCACCUCAGCACUUGCCAUCGUCGAUGUAAACCCUGAAGAUCGAUCUGCCCUGUCCAAGCUUGUUGAGACUGUAUCGACGAACUUCAACGAGAGAGGAGAGGAGAUCCGAAAACACUGGGGAGGAGGAAUUAUGUCUGCAAGAUCGGAGGCAAAGAAGCUCAAGAUUGAGAAGGCUCGUGCUAAGGAUCUCGGAAUCCGUGCAUGA